CCCGUGAUCGGGUUUUCCAUAACAAACUACAACAGCACUCAGAAUAGUCGUGGCACUUGUCGACUUAUAGAUUGUGCAAUAGCAAUCCCAAUAAUACAGAAUGAGUGACAAGAUAGAUGCGGAACAGUUCAACGACGACGAACUGGAGGCCCCGGCUUGGCUGAAUCCCCAGUUUAUCGAGGGAAUUCUAAGCGCGUACGAAGAGGCCCCGGAACUGAAAGUGAUUGAUCUGAAAAUCACACCCGCGAGUUUUCAGGGAGAUCACUAUGCUAGCGUUAUGUUCCGCACCACAGCGGAGUAUACCACCGCGAAAGGAAAGUUCUCAAAGCCCCUUAUCAUCAAGACGAUGCCGGAGCAGGAAGGACACAAGAAGGACAUGCUGAGCGAAUCGCAUCUGUUCGAAACCGAGAUUGGGAUGUACUGCCAGGUUCUGCCGGAAUUCGAGAGAAUUCUACGCGAGGCAGGGGACAACACCAAGCUCUUUGUUCCCUGCAUCUAUCACAGCCUGGAUCCGCGUAGAGUGAUGAUAUUUGAGGAUCUGGUGCCUCACGGAUACUAUGUGAUUCGGGAUCGUCCUGUAGCACUGGAUGAACUCAAAACAGCCUUCUCGAAGUUGGCCAAAUGGCAUGCUGUUAGCAUGAAAGUUAUAAAGGAGCAACCUGCAUUUCUUCAGGACUUCAAAUAUGGCCUUUUUGAUAUGCCCGCCAUACAGAACGACCCUUUCAUAACCACUGGCAUGAAGAGCUUUAUUGAAAUGCUAGAUAAAUUACCUGACCUAAAAAAAUAUAAGCCAUAUUUUGAAAAAAUUAAUCUGAAAUAUAUGAAACGUUUGGAAGCGGAGAUGCAAGAAUAUCAUAAGAAUCGCCGGAACGAUGGUUACUAUGUCCUGUGCCACGGGGACUUUCAUCUUCGCAACAUGAUGUUCAAGAACAACAAGGAGACGGGAGACCACGAGGAUACCAUGCUGGUGGAUUUCCAGAUUAGCAACCUUUGUCCCAUUACCGUUGACUUAACGUAUUCCAUCUAUAUGCUGAUGGAACCGGAACAACGGAGGGAAAUGGGAAAGGACUUGAUUAAUUACUAUUUCACAGUUCUGGUCGCUACCCUCAAGAGAAUUAAAUACAAGGGUAAUAUGCCAACCCAAGCGAAACUCUGGGAGCAAAUUCAUCGCAAUAAGUAUUAUGAUUUCUUUUUGAUAAGCACUUUUCUUCCCCUGAUUCUGGCGAUCAAAUCAAAUAGUUUUAAAAUGCAUGACCUUAUUCAGAAUCCGGAAAGUCGUGAGAAGACCUACUUUUUGGAUACAUACGUCGAAGAUGUUACCAAACUUUUGCCCAAAUUCGAGGAGCUUGGCUACUUUAAGGGGCUAUAACUGAAAUUACUAAUAUUUGAAAUAAAAAAUGGUUUGUAAAUUAAUAAUAAAAGUAUUGAAGUGAGUUUACUGAA